UAAAGGGAUCCACGGUGUCUCUACACUUCGCAUCAUUACCGCGGUAACGUGCGACGAUUCACCUAACCAACGGACGCUGAUCUUACUUCUUCUUUUUCUUCUUAUUCUUAUUAUUAUUCUUCUUCUUCUUCUUGCUACAACAUAUUAUAUUGUCACCUAGUUAAAUCUAGUUUUUAUUUUUAAAUCUAAUACAAUUACAUAUCAUCUUUCUUCGUUGGUAAUCUUUUUUUUUUCUUUCUAAUUCCAAUUAUCCGGUUACCUCAGCGAACUCUCUCAAAAAAUCCAACAUGAGGGCUGAAUUUUGCUUGAGAACCAGUACUCUUCUACUCAUCUUCGGCAUCGUUUGCGCAGUGGAAAAUUAUAUGGAUUAUGCAGACGAGUCGCCAGACAAAUCACCAACCGAGAAUAUUCACCAGCUUUACAGACUCAUCUUGCAACGGAAUGCCAUGGAAAAUGGCGGGUUUGGUGAAAUUCCAUUGGAACAUUUGAUGAUUCGUAAAUCGCAACGAUCACCGUCUCUGCGUUUACGAUUUGGACGUUCCGGUUCACCUCACGUUUCAACGGGUUUACUCUCGAAGCCGAUGGCCGCGGUAGCGACGGGUUUCGAGGAUAACAAUUAAUAAAGAAAACGGAUUAAAUUAUUUUUUUUUUGUUCCUUUGCGAUAAUAACACAUCAUUUUCCAAUAUUUCUCAUACAUAUUAAAUCAAAUAAGAAACUUGUGUCGUACAUAUUAUAUUUAAGAUAAGAACAAAAUGUGUAAAACAUCUUCCUAAAUUAAUCGAAACUAAUUGAUUAUUAUUUUAGUUACCCUUCAUUAGUAGUAACAUCGAUGUUCUCUCUUUAACCAAGGCUAAAAAAGAAAAAGUCAUUUGAACAACAGUAACAAGAACAAUCAUUUGAAAAUUUGAUCAGGAUCAUUUAUUUUCUUUUUAUUGUUAAACUAGAAAAAUAAUGAAUGUAAAAUAUAUUGAAUUGACAGAUGUAACGCGUUAUUUUAAGUUAUCUAUUUUGAUUAAUCGACGAUUAUAAAACUAUGAAUUACGUUAGAUAAGAGGAGGAUGAUUGUCGUUACUACGUAGAAAUUAUUUACAUUGUGUUGCAUACUUUAUAUAUAUAUAUAAAUACAUAAUCGUCUCAAUAUGUACUGCUUGUUUUAUGUAUUGAAAAAAAUGAAGGCUUAAAAAGAAAAUCGAAAUAACGAAUCCUGGCUUCUGGGUCUAAACGUUUAAAAGAAAAACUAUAAUAUCUUUAUGUAAUAACUUUUCGCAAUCUCUAACUUUAAUUCUCGAUUGAGAAAGAAUUUGCAAAAUAAAAUCUAAAUAAAUGUUCUAUCACGAAUUUAUCCUAUUCCGACAUUUAAUUCGAUCUGUAAUAUUUCGAAGAACGUUUAUUAAAAAAAAAAUGAAUUUGAAUUAACGAAUGUGAAAAAAAAAGAAAAAAGAAAUCUAAAAUGUAUGUUAUGUGCCAAAAAAAUGAAAUAUAAUACUGUACCAAAAAUAGAGAAGAAUGAAUAAAGGUUUAAUCGGUGUUUGAAUUAAUUUCAAAAACA